GAAAGUUAUGCUGCCUGAAGAUGGGGAAGAAGUAGAUGGCAGUUGGCGAGCUGGGCCCGUCUUUAAUUCGUGGGCUGACGACUGAUGGGUGAGCAGCUUGCAUUCAAUGCUGGAUCAAGUAACAUCAAUGCCUAUUAAUAUGUUAGCAAGACAAUUAUUGCAUAUAAAGAGUUGAAACGACUGUCGGAGGGUUUAGAGAUGGAGGGAUUGGAGGGGCUGAGGCGAACUUUCAGAAGCGGGAGAACCAGAGGAGUUGAUUGGAGGAAAGCCCAACUUCUAGCCCUUGUUAAAUAUUUAGCAGAAAACGAAGCCCAGAUUCUUGAAGCCUUGGAACAGGAUCUUGGGAAACACCCUGUUGAAGCUUACCGCGAUGAGAUUGGAUUGGUGAAAAAAUCAGCAGAACACUCUUUGCUGAACAUCAAGAAAUGGAUGGCGCCGAAAAAGUCGUUUAAUUUACGAAGAUGUGGGAAUUGGAACUUCUCCAUCCACUACUGCUGGUGCUGCCAUGGUUGAUGAGAAUUUUGAAGGUGCUGGUGUAGCAUCAGAUCUCUUGGACCAAGGAUAGUCACGCCUUAGAGAAAGCGUGUUCGUAUUUCAAGUUUUCUUUAUUUCUUAGUUGCAGUUUGUUAAUUAUUGUACAGUCAUCCGCACAGUCACUUAUUCGGCAUAUAAUUGGGACACGUCAUUUUGACGAGGCAGUUGCAGAUUAGUUACGCUUGGCGGGGUUUGUUAUUUUUUAACUGUUUCUUC